ACACAGUAAACACUGCGGUUCGUCUUCACGCUGGUCUCACCGAGCGCUGUAGCAGCAGCAGCCCCCCACCUCCUCACCCCCACCUCCACACCUCCUCACCUCCUCACCCCCACCUCCACACCUCCACCCCCCCACAUCAUGGACGACCACGCGGACAGACUGCUGGUGAAGCUCGCUCAGGACGGACAGCUGAGCGCGCUGGAGACCCUGGCUGCGGGUCGGGACGUCGGCCGCCGACACUUCGGCCGCUCGGGAGACACCCUGCUGCACUACGCGGCCCGACACGGACACCUGGCCGUGGUGCGGUACCUGGUGACGGCGGUGGGCGCGGCGGUGGAGGUGUGCAACCACGACUACAAGCGGCCGCUGCACGAAGCUGCGUCCAUGGGCCACCUGGCAUGCGUCGGCUACCUGCUCCGCCAAGGAGCCACGGUGGACAGUCUGAAGAAGGCGGACUGGCGACUUUGUGCGUGGAUGCUGGGAGGAGACAAGUGUUCCCUUUUCCGUCCCAGGACUCCUCUGAUGAUGGCCUGCACUCGGAGGAGCCUCGACGUGAUCCAGGAGCUGCUGCGUCACGGCGCCGACCCUGCGCUCAGGAACAAGGACGGCUGGAACGCGCUCCACAUCGCCUGCAGGGAGGGCGAUCCUCUGGUGGUGCAGCACCUGCUUGAUGCUGCGCCGGACGUCUGGAGGACAGAGAGCAAGACGCGCAGGACACCGCUGCACACUGCAGCGAUGCACGGCUGUGAGGAGGUCGUCAGGAUACUGCUAGAGAGAUGUGGCUACGCCCCAGAUAGCAGGGACAGCUGCGGAGUCACUCCUUUGAUGGAUGCGGUCAGGAACGGACACAUCUCUGUGGCCAGGCUGCUUUUAGAAAACCACCAGGCGUCUCCGACAGCAGCUGACAAGCUCGGGGCUCAGCUGGUGCACCAGGUUGCUGUCACCGGGCAGGAGGAGACCCUGCGGUUCCUGGUGCAGGACCUCGGGGUAGACGUGAACCAGAGGGCGACUGACAUCCAGCUCACUGCCCUACAUUACGCUGCAAAGGAGGGUCACACGUCCACCAUCAAAACGCUGCUGGAGUUUGGAGCAGAUCUUCAUGUUCGGGACAAAAAGGGAAGAACCGCUCUUCACAUGGCUUGCAUCGGGCAGCAUGCAGGAGCAGCACGGAUUCUUCUGCAGCUCGGACUCAGGGAUUCGGAGGAUGCAUCCGGCACGGCGGCAAGGCAGUUCGCCAGGAGACCAGAUGUGAUACGAGUGUUUGAAUGUGGAUCAGAAGACACAUCAUAAAUAAUACCAUAAGUAUAUAGAACAUGGAUUUCUAAUUAGUUCAAUUCAUUAAAGUAAAGAUAAUUAACCUGAAGUCAAUCUGUUGUAUGUUGUAUGGAUGAUAUUAAAUCUUGACUUGUA